GGUCUGUUUUAAAAUUCUCGCUGGAUAACCAACAACAAAUGACCAGUGACACUAAUCGAUAAUUCAGUGCGGGUAUUUUUCUAUUUGUGAUCGUGCUAUUAUUAGUUUCCUAACCAGAGGCAAACAUGAUUAUCUUUAGUAAGAUAUUAAUUGCUACUUGCUUGGCGUCCUUAGCCUCACAGUUGGUGGCACAAACUGCAAAGAGUGACGAGAGCAAACCGUACGAAUUUGGGUUCACAAUCGAUGGCCAACAGCACAGGCACGAGAAGAAAGAUGAAAAUGGAAUUAUUCAAGGUGAAUUUGGAUUUAUAACAGCUGAUGGUAUUUACCAUGUAACAGUUUACGCCACCGAUGAGAACGGAAACUUUAAAAUUUUGAGCAUGAGAAACGUCAGAAUUAGUGCACCACUGGAUGGUUCGCCUGGUCCAGGACCAGAUUCAGACGCCAAAUCCGUACAGGGACAACAACCUAAGCCACAACCUGCUCCGUUGCAAUUACCUGAACCUACAACAACGACAACUAAAGCUCCAUUCACUUCAGCUCCAAAGAAACCGUUGGAUUUCACUACAUUACCAACUAUUAAACCAGCCUGUGCUGGUUGUGGUUACGUGACAACCCCUAAACCAAUUCCAGGUCAACCUUUCCCAUUCCAAACACCUGCGUUCCAAAAUAAUGGAGGUGUACAAAGCACUGGUGGUGUUCAAAACAACAAUGGUGUGCCCCAAAACAAUGGAGGUCAAAUUACAUACACUUUACAACAAAAUGAGAAGGAACAAACUACAUAUACUCAACAAAACAACUUUACCCAGCAAACAACGUUUACUCAAGAGAAUAAUGACCAAGUAUAUAAUCAACAACAAGGAGCAGUUCCAGGACCCCAACCAAAUCCUCUUGCUAUUCCUGAACAACCACAAGGUGUCCAACAGUACGACAACAAUCAAUACACUCAAGUAAACCAGCAGCAAAACACAGUCGUUCAAAGCCAACAACCAGUCUCAACUCUCCCCCCAAUCAGCGUCACUAACAAUGAGAUUCACGUACAAGGAAGCCACCCCCAAACAAUACCAAUAAAAGACAAAUUCCCCGGAAUGUCUGACGGCCUUCCAGACGGUAUAGAAGAAAAAGACAUCACAGAUUUGCUGUACAAAUUCCACUACACUGUCGGUUUCCACGGACACUGGGAGAAGGGUACGAAGAGCGGCGCCAAAAUCGGAGGUUACUUCGUUAACGGCAGGGAUGGAGUCAGCAGAGUUGUUACGUAUAUUGCGGACGAAAAUGGUUACAGGCCGAAGUUCAAGUUCGUCAGGUUGGGUCUGGAUUCGGAUGAGACGCCCAAAGAGGCGACCGAGAAGACGUUCGGGCUCAAGAGCUUCGAGUUCGUUUGGUAUCCGAUCGAGGCGUAGGGUUAAUUAUUUAUUAUGUUUAGGGAAUAAAUUUAUAAAUAAGUUAAUA